AUGAAGUUCCUUAAGACGUCGAGGGUCUGCCUCGUUACCCGUGGUCGGUACGCCGGCAAGAAGGUUGUCAUCAUUCAGCCUGUCGACAGCGGCAACAAGUCGCACCCCUACGGCCACGCCCUGGUUGCCGGCAUCGAGCGGUACCCUAGCAAGAUCACCCGCCGCAUGUCCAAGACGAGGCAGGAGAAGCGCUCCAAGGUCAAGCCGUUCAUCAAGGUCAUCAACUACAACCACUUGAUGCCCACCCGCUACACCCUCGAGCUUGAGGGCCUCAAGGCUGUCCUCAACGCCGACACUUUCAAGGAGGUCAGCCAGCGCGAGGAGGCCAAGAAGACCGUUAAGAAGGUGCUCGAGGAGCGUUACACGAGCGGCAAGAACCGGUGGUUUUUCACUCCUCUGCGUUUCUGA